CUUCAUAAUGUUACAGAGCGCGCACCCGAUUGCAACGUGCGUCCUGCUUGGGGAGUAAACUCUGUGUACCGGGAAUUACAGCUGAUUGUCAUGGGGCGACUCACAGGCGUGGAGGGGAGGCGUGUGGCGGUAGCCGUAACAAUCAUCCUCGUCCUUCUCGUAAAUUCUGUCUUGGGUUGGGAGAAAACGCCUCUUACAAAACGCUUGUUCACGCCGAACCACCGUGUUUCCUGGGAUGUAGAGUGGGGAGAUUGCAGCAGGGGUUGUGGCCAAGGUGAACUGAAAGCCCGCGCAAUAUGUGUCUCUGAGACAACAAGCCAUGAGGUGGGCUACGCAGCUUGUCACGGUGUUCCCAAACCAGUUAUACCGGAGAAAAGAAGUUGUGAUGGCGACUGCGCCCUGUAUGACCAGCUUGCAAAGCGCCAGGAUGACAAUGCGACAUCCCCUGCUCACUUCUCUCCGGUGCACUGCGACCGAAUCGUCCAAUCAGAGACCGGCGAGGUGACCUCCCCGGAUUGGCCGUUGAAAUCCGUCCGCUUCCUUCAGUGUCAGCUGACCUUGGUCCUGCCUGAGGAUAAAAGACCAAGGCUGAGUUUUGAUGUCUUUAUCCUGGAGGGUGGUGCAGAAUGUUCAGAAAAGAACUACGUUGAGAUUGAAGACAUGGCUACCAAUCGCUCCGAAGUAAUCUGCGGUACGCACGAUGAAUUCACAUGGACGGCAGAUUCCAACCGUGUCCAGAUCAGAUUCAGUGCCGAGUCAAGAAGCGUCUUCCAUCGAUUCCACGCAACUUAUAUCGCAAUCCAAACAGCACCAACCACAGAGUGCUCAUCUGUUUUUGAUGGACCGAUGGGGAUGUACGUCUCCGAAGUCCAGUCACCAGGAUCCGAGCCAGGAACCUGUGAAGUGCUCUUCCAUGCUGCGCCAGAUGAUAAAGUAGCCUUGUCCUUCGCCGUGUUUACUGUUCUCUGCACCAAACCUGUGCUGAUAACAUUCAUAGAUUCUGGUGUAGAGAAGACGAUGUGUGGAACUCACGAACCGUUCUCCUGGACGUCGACUGGUAACGAAGCAGUUCUGACCUACGAGAUUCCGACCGCAGAUGAGGAGGAAAAUUGGGAAAUUGAACUGGAGUAUGAACCACUCAAGUUUGGACCAGCAGAAGCAGCAGAAAUCGAUUGUAGCCAGUUCAUCCAUGAUUCUACCGAGGGGGUUAUCGCUUCGCCUGGACAUCCCGAGUCUUACCCAGACAACGCCUACUGCCGCACCAUCAUCAUGGUAGACCCUGGUCAAGUCAUCACGGUUGCCUUCCGGGAGUUUAUGAUUGAGCCCUCGAACAAACAGAACGGAGAACCAAUGGAGACAUGCCAGUUUGACCACCUGAUGAUUGUUGAUGUCACGACAGAUCGGGCUGAUGUCUUCUGCGGGAUGCGACAGCCGUUUGCUUGGACCUCGGACAGCAAUGAGGUUCUCAUUGUGUUUGUGAGUGAUAACUCAGAGGCUUACACUGGCUAUGAGGCUCGGUACUCCGUGAGCGACAAGCAUCCCGAACCAGAUUGCUUGGUGAUUACUGAAAAUGAGGAAACAGCAGGAGAGAUCACCACCAGUCUCUAUCCCCAGUCGUAUCCUAGCAACAGUGAGUGCUACUUGACGAUACACCAGGAGCUUGAUACUUAUGUCAUCUUUGAGGUUUCGACCUUUGACCUUGAGGAGUCAGAUGAAUGCGAAAAAGAUUCUCUGCAGUUUACUGACCUGACAACCGGGCGGACGGAUCGUUUCUGUGGCACCAUGCCUCCUUUCACUUGGACGUCUGAUGGCAAUGAGGUCCAAAUUGCUUUCAGAAGCGAUGACAUCGUCCAGGCUGGAGGAUUCCAUUUAUUCUCCUUGGCGUCUCAGCUUCCUCCAAAGAGUGCUCCAGAAAGAGACUGCCGACAACAUCUUACCAAAAGCCGAGAGUACAUUCGACUCCCUAUGUCCAAAGGUAACCCACCACUCGGCGAUGCUUACUGCUUCAUCCUCAUUACUGCUGAGCCGGACCAACGCAUCAUCUUAAACAUUGAUACAUUGGCUAUCGAACCACCACCUGUAGGCUAUGAACCCGACUUUGUUGAGAUCCGUGAUGUGUUUCUAGAAGGAGACGGUCACAUUGAGAAACUCGAAGGGCAUCUUCCGUCCUUCACGUGGACCAGCAGUCGCAAUGAACUGGUGAUAGUUGCGACGCAGCUGAGCAGCGACAUUGCUUCAGUGAGACUGCACGGUACUUACCAAGUCGCACGGCGUCCUGUGCAAGCCUGUAGUGGGAUGAUACUAGAAGACACUGGAGUCGUUCGCUGGCCGACUGACUUUUCGUCAGCUUCGACAGACUGUGAGCUGACCCUUCACUCCCAUCCACUCAAUCGAGUCAUUCUGACCUUCGACAAGCUGGACAUACCAGGGAACAACUGCCGAGACCUUAGUGUUGAGGUGAUUGAUGUUGAGCCGAGUAGGACGCUGACGUACUGUCAAGCCCAGGAGCCGUUUUCGAUCAUUUCAACAGCCAAUGAGAUACGACUGCGAUUCAAAUGGACCAAUAGCAUGGCAGGGAAUGCCAGACGACAGCUGUCUGGGGAUAAUGAGCCAGUCAUUGUGAGGCAUUAUGUGAUGGACAGACCACUGCAAGCAGUUGAGCAUGUUGCUGAGUACCACCGCAUCUUCCGCAAGGAGCAGGGUGAGUUUUCCUCCCUGGAUCACUCGCGAGCCUUAUGGAUGGACGGCAACUGCUCAGUGAUGAUUGAGGUUCCCUCGGACAAGCAAAUCCUCAUCCACUUCCAGGAUUUUUUGAUUGGCGAGCAGCCGCCAAAACCCGAUGAAAAUACACCAGUGAACUGCCAUCCUGAAUUUGUUUUGGUUGAAGACAUAACCAACGGACGCAAGAGUAUCUUCUGUGGUCACUAUUCCUACUUCUCCUGGCUCUCUGACACAAACGCCGUCCUUGUAACCUUCUUCACCAACCCUGUCAUCGUUUAUCAUGGAUUCAGAGCCAAGUACGAAACAGUGACCAGGGGCAGAGAGCCUUCUGAACACACCUCAGAGGAAAGCGGUAGUUUUCAAUCAACAAACUUUCCAGAGGGUUACCCAUCUCCCCACGAGCAGAGCUGGAUGGUCCAUUCUCCCCCGGAUUACAUCAUUUCCUUGGUGGUUGAUUCUUUUGAGUUGGAAGAAUCUGUCGACUGCAGUAAAGAUUACGUCAAGUUUGAUGACUUGUCGAGUGGUUACAGCUCAGUGCUGUGUGGAACUCAUGGCCUAUUUGCAUGGACCACAUCAGGAAAUGAGGUUGCUAUUACCAUGGUAACAGAUGAAGACACUGCCUCAUCAGGAAUAUCAAUGACGCAUUCGCAGGUGGAUGUUUCAAAAGGUUGUUUCUGGAUUCUGCGGGGUGAGUCCGGAUCCAUGAAAUCUUCAGAGUUCCUUAAACCCGAUGAGGUGUGGCAGGGGUCUUGCAAACUGAUCAUACACACCACUCCCGACAAUCGAUUGAGUCUACUGGUAGAGGGUGUCCAUAUAGUAGAGGACUGUGGGAAUUCUGGGGUCACCAUUGUUGACAUAGCGACGCUGCGCAGCAAGAUCAUCUGUGAGGUGUCACAUGACCUUGUCUUCACCUCUGACACUAACGAGAUAGCGUUUGGUUAUAUCAAUUACCAGACCACUCUGCCUGAUUUCACUGUCAGCUGGGAGUCCAUUCACAGAGAAGUAACACCAGUCGAAUGCACGGACGUCUUUGAUCAAACUCCCGAGACGAUAUCAAUUGAUGAAUACCGGCCGAUUUUACUCUUAUUACCAACGGAUGCUGCCUGCCACAUCCUACUCACCCUCCCACCCGAGGAGGCAGUGCAUCUCAUCUUCCGAGAAUUCUCGCUGCCGGGUGCUGUUUGCGAGAGGCAUUAUGUUGAGGUUGAAGACCUUGCCUCGCUGCGCUAUGACCGCUACUGCGACCCAGAGCUGCCAUUUUCCUGGAAGUCGGACAGCAACGAAGUCAUGAUUCGAUUUGCAAAGACGAAUAAUACCUCCGCGAUGCAAUUAGUUGUGGAAUUCUCCCACAUUAGGAAACCAAAAACAACAGACUGCAGCAAAGUGCUGGUUGGCGACACAGGGGACCUCCAGUCAGUCAACUACCCCUUACACUACCCCACAGACAUAGGGUGUCAAACACUGAUACACGCGGAGACAGGCAACAGGGUACAGAUAGUUUUCAAUGAGUUUGAGCUCGAGGAGGAGACUCGAGACGUGGGAUGUACAACUGAUUAUCUCAAGCUCACAGAUCUUACGACAGGUCGCUCCACCACACUUUGUGGCCUCCUUGGACCGUUCACCUGGUCCUCGACGGGCAACGAAAUCCUUUUAGAAUUUGAAUCUGACAAAUCCAACACGUACCCUGGGUACUCAGCGUAUUACACGGUGUUGCCACGGAUACCUGAAGUCGCAGGAUGUAACGAGACCUUGACGUCAGAGACAGGUGUCGUCCAAUCACCAAACAAUGCCUCCAGUGCUGACCCGUAUAACAACUCCUUGAUAUGUUACCAGCGUAUAGAGGUGGAUCCAUCCCAACACGUUAUACUGUCCUUCAGUGUGUUAAGUGUGGAGUCCGAUCCAAACUGCCAGAAAGACUUUGUGGAGCUCACAGAUGCCAUCAUUGGAGACACAGAUAUUUAUUGCGGUGACAAAGACCCCUUCACGUGGAUCUCUGAUGGCAAUGUGGUGAUCGUCAAAUUCAAGACUGAUGACCAGAACGGUUACCAAGGUUACAAGGCCACAUUCAAAGCUGUCACCAAUGAGCCAUUCUCUAGUUGUGAUAGCAGCCUCACUGCUGAUAAGGGCACUGUCCAAUCGCCAGGCUUUCCGUCCCUGUAUGGCAACAAUCUCCACUGUGUAACCACGGUAACAGGGCAGGAGCACCACCUGAUCCAGCUAGUCUUUGCAGUAUUUGAUGUUGAGGAGUCAGAAAGCUGCUCCUAUGAUUACGUAGUGAUUCGAACCCAGGGCAUUGGUGCACCACAAACCUUCUGCGGUGUCAAGGCUCCAUUUUCCUGGUUGUCAUCUGGGAAUGUUGCCAUAGUUACCUUCCACAGUGAUUACAUUGUAACUAGCACGGGCUUCAAGGCUGACUAUGAGCUGGUUGCCAAACCCAGCCACCUCAAAGCUUGUGACGAGAGUCUGUUCACCCCAAAUGGUACCCUAUCUUCCCCUCUGUAUCCUCAAAAAUAUCCAAGCAACAAGGAUUGUCGCACGACAAUCACAGCGGAACCAGGCUAUGUCAUCCAGAUAUACUUUUCAGAGUUUGAGUUUGAGUUUCAUGAGACUUGCGAUUAUGACUAUGUUCUGCUGAAAAACUUCCCGGAGGGACCCAUGGACAAAUAUUGCGGCACCUUGGACCCUUUCAACUGGGUAUCCAGGACCAAUGAGGUGGUGUUGGAGUUCCAUAGUGAUGCUAGCACAAGGAUGAAGGGAUACACUGCUCACUAUAUCACCUAUCCGGCUCCGCUCGUGCCUGCACCCACAGAGAACCUACCAGCCAUAGUGUCCAAGUGCAACGUUGAGAUGUCAGCUGAGCGGGGCGUGAUCACGUCGCCCAACUUCCCUUACGAAUACGACAAUGAUCAGAACUGUCGCACAGAGAUUGAGACAGACGUGGGUACGCGGAUCAACGUCACUUUCCACUUCAUGGACAUUGAGGAGCACCGCGGGUGUCAAUGGGACCGGGUGGAGAUUUUGGACAUCGGCUCCAGUCGCAAGUCCGAGCCUUUCUGUGGGAGUCUCUUCGGUGGUCACCGAUCCUGGCAAUCGGACACUAAUCACAUCGUUGUCAUCUUCGUCAGUGACGACAUCGUGACUCGCAUUGGAUUCUACGCAACAUAUGCAGUGGUUGGGUCCACAGAGCAGAAUCGAGACAGAGGAACUUAGUGGUGCCUUAGUGGAGAUAUUUGAUUCCAGUGUACAAUGUGAUAUUUCAAUAUUAUAAGUUUUUCAAAAAAACCCAACUGAUUAAACCUUUCAAACAUUUGGUACUGUUAUCCCAACUGUUUCUUUCUCCGGUAAGGGUGAUUUUCAAGCUUUUCCAUACAUGUUUUUAAUCAAUACCUAGAAAAAAAUGGUGUGCCUUUUUGACUGGAACGAGUGCUUUUCCACUGCAACAUUACAAAAAUUCAACAAGCAACUGUUUCAUCAGUUUUAACACAAAAUGUUGGGAUUAAUUUUCAAACGUACGAAUUGGCAUAGAAAAAAAAACACUUUGGGGAAAGCUCAUGACAUUUGGAAAAAUGAACCUAAUACAACACAUCAACACAAGUCAAUAAAUAACAUGCAAUUAUGAAACAAAUUCUUCUUGUGAAAAUAGUAAUAUUCAACCGUUUAACUUUAAUCAGUUAUUGUCCAAUUGAUAUACUGAAACAUGUAAUAGUAAUAUGGAAAGAAUACGGCAUAUUGAUAUACUGAAACGUGUAAUAGUAAUAUGGAUAAGACAUGCAGAUAUAUAAAAAGGUUAAUGAUUAUAAUAUUUCAGCAUGUUCAAUGUAAACAAAAAAUAUGUAAGAUAACACUUAGGGGAAAGGUUAUGAGAUUUGGGGGAAUGAACCUAAAUACAACACAUAAAAAGUCAUUUAACAACAUAAGGGAACAAAUUGUUCUUGUAAAAAUAGUAAAUUCAACCGUUUUAUGAUUUUUUUAACCAGUUGAUAUACUGGAACAUACAAUAACAAAAUGGAAAGAAUAAGGCAUUUGGAUGUAUAAAAAGUCAAUACAGCAUGCUCAGUGUUAAAAAAAUAUGUAAGAGAACACUUUGGGGGAAGGUCAUGAGAUUUGGGAAAAUGAAUCUAAUACAACACAUCAACGUCAAUAAACAACAUGCAAUUAGGAAACAAAUUCUUGUGAAAAUAGUAAUAUUCAAGCGUUUAACUUAAAAUCGUUUUUUGUCCAAUUGAUAUACUGACACAUGUAAUAGUAAUAUGGAAAGAAUAAGGCAUAUUGAUGUACUGACACAUGUAAUAGUAAUAGGGAAAGAAUAAGGCAUAUUGAUAUACUGACACAUGUAAUAGUAAUAGGGAAAGAAUAAGGCAUAUUGAUAUACUGACACAUGUAAUAGUAAUAUGGAAAGAAUAAGGCAUAUUGAUAUACUGACACAUGUAAUAGUAAUAGGGAAAGAAUAAGGCAUAUUGAUAUACUGAAACAUGUAAUAGUAAUAUGGAAAGAAUAAGGCAUGCGGAUAUAUUAAAAUGUAAUGAUUAUAAUAUAUCAGCAUGUUCAACUUUAAAAAAAAAAAAUGUAAGAGAACACUUUGGGGAAAGGUCAUGAGAUUUGGGGGAAUGAACCUAUAAUACAACACAUAAAAUGUCAUUUAACAACAUAAGUGAACAAAUUGUUCUUGUAAAAAUAGUAAAUUCAACCGUUUUAUGAUUUUUUUUAACCAGUUGAUGUACUGGAACAUGCAAUAACAAAAUGGAAAGAAUAAGGCAUUUGGAUGUAUAAAAAGUCAAAACAGCAUGCUCAGUGUUAAAAAAAUAUGUAAGAGGACACUUUGGGGAAAGGUCAUGAGAUUUGGGAAAAUGAACCUAAUACAACACAUUAAGGUAAAUAUUACAACAUGCAAUUAGGAAACAAAUUGUUCUUGUGAAAAUACUGUAGUAUUAUUAACCCAUUUUAUGAAAAAAAAUCCAGUUGAUAUACUGAAACAUGUAAUAGUAAUAUGGAAAGAAUAAGGCAUGUAGAUAUAUGAGAGAGUUCAAGAGUAUAUUUCAGCAUGUUCAAUGUAAAAAAAAAAAUGAAAGAGAUGGAUAAUACUCUGUCUUGAUGACUGACCAAGGAUUGGUGAAAUAGUAAUAUGGUAAGGAUAAGGAAUGUGGAUAUAUGAACAGUUUAUCAGAGUAUAUUUCAGCAUGGUCAUUUUACAACAACUGAAAGAGAUGGAUAAUAAAAACUGAAUUAAAAACCAGUGGCAAAAUUUAAAGUUGCAUAAUGAGUGUCCAAGGAAGAGAAAACAAAUAAUGUAGACCUUCUAACUUAAUUAUUCCUGAUGUUUUAGUGGCAACGAUACGAAUAAUGCAGAGUACUGAAUAAAAUUUUACAUGAUUCAUGGAAUUAAUGGAAUUUGAAA